AUGCUAAGUAAAGAUGGAGAAAUUCGUAGAGACGAGUCUUGUAUUGAUUAUGCUGGAAAGGAUGUUAUCAUAUUUCCUUGCCAUAGCAUGAAAGGAAAUCAAGAAUGGCGCUACGAUCAUGAUAAACAUCAAUUAUUGCAUGUAGUUUCUGGAAAAUGUUUGGAAAUGGGUAAAGAUGCAAGUAAAUUGUUAAUGAAUAAUUGUGACACUUCCAAUCUUUAUCAACAUUGGACAUUUAAGGAAUACAAAGGGGAGUCUAAAAAUAAUAAGGGGCUUUGAGGAAAGGUGAGAAAUAAUGCACGAAUGAGCACAUUUUUUGGUUUAGUUAUUGGUUUUUUUAAUAAUAAUUUAUAUAAUUUAUUUCUUCAAAAGUAUAAUAAUUUUGAGGAUAUCCCUCGCUUACCGCUGAGGUUACACCAUUGGGCUAUCUUGGAGCUUAUUUUAAAAAUUAACCAAAUUGUUCGAGAGUGGCGGUAAGGUGGGGGUGCUCCGUAAAUAUAAUUUCAUUCCAUAAUAAAUAUAUUUUUAAGAAACGAAUAAUAUAUACACAAAAUAUUUAUUUUUACUUGUAUCUCUCUUUCCUUUCAUUCUUUUUUCUACCUAUAAAAUUGGUUUU